UCAAAUCCUCUCACGGAUGGCUGCUUUAUGCUCUUCGUUACGAAUUUGCAGUAGACUCUUUUCUACUGGCUCAGCAAGCACCGAGGCUGAGCUUGGCUUAAGCUCAUGUGCAGAUGCCAAGUUGACAGCGAUGAAUACAUAUUAGGCCCCGCAUAUAUUGGCCGAAAGCAGCACAGACGGUCACACUUUUGGCGUAAGUGGUCCCAGGGUGCAUUGCUUAGCCAGUGCCGUGAUUGCUACUUAGUACCAUGUCCCCGACAGCCCUCGAAAUUCUGGUUUCAACAUUGCCGACAUGUCGCAAUUGGCUUCUGUGGUUCGUUGUAUGGCUGACUGGUCACUUGACAGGGAACUUUCCGUCUGUGACCUGUCUAGGUCGCAGUCUUCUCGCGAGAAACCCGGAGCUACAGACGGCAACGUCACCGCCUCCCUUGGACACGUUCUACUCUGGCAUGCGACUGCUGCGGCUCAGGCCGAGUGAUCGCAGCGUGAAGACCUCAUCUACCACACUCCAGAAGAAAUGUUACGACGUAACAAGCCGAAUGAAAGUGCUCUGGUGUGGGUGCGAUGCCCAUUCAAUGGCAAUUCUUACAGUGUCACAGUGAUCUCUUAUUCUCGAAGGCUCUAUGAGCGCAUCGUGUUGGGGAUAAUCCCAUGCAAUGAAGUCGCCGCACCCAUCACGACGGCAGCGACGGGCCGUGCGGAAACGCGUAGUCUUUCCUAAGGAUGCGUGCAUUCUUACAAUCACUGAAGUUAUCGGCAACGUAGGAUCUGCGCACCGUGUUUGGCUACGACACACACGAUCAGGAGCGAUAGACUCACGGCGAACCUGGGCACGGAUGCAAUACAGUGCAGUAUGUCGUCAACGCGGACUUCGCACUGUGUUUUCCUCAUAGAGAAGUGCUUCUCGGCCACACAUCACGAACAACGUUGCAGAUGACCCGUUCUUUAUGCUCGACCCUCGAAGUGGCGUGCACCGGACUCUGUGUGCUGAUUC